AUGAUUUUUACAGGGAAAUCGUCGUUGGUGCUGAGAUUUGUGAAAGGGCAAUUCCACGAAUACCAGGAAUCGACAAUUGGUGCCGCAUUUCUUACGCAGACAGUUUGCCUUGAUGAUACCACCGUUAAAUUCGAAAUAUGGGACACCGCCGGCCAGGAAAGGUUUUUCUACCGUCCUCUGCAUUUCCUGAUCCAGUGCUUGUAUUUUAGCCGAACUGCGGGACUCUGGCAUGAGAAAUAA